CAGGUAGACAGACAGUAAGGUGUGAACGAGUGUCUAACAGACUAUGAGAGUUUCCGUGACUAAAACCUACCAACGACUUCUGUUUUUGCGACGAUUACCACUGUGACUACAGUAGCCAGUACUCAACAGUAGUGCUAACCCGUUCACCAAAGGAAGAAAAUAGUGAUCAAUCUAAGAACAUCGUUCAUAUGUUAUUGAAAAUCCUGUGCAUUUGCCACUCAUCCAGACAAAAGUCUGCAGUGAAGAAGAGUAUAAAUUACCAAAUUUGUGAGUUAUAUAUUAAUGACAACAGUUACCCGUGGAUCUGAUCAAUUUUUAUCAAAGUCUUUUGUAUUUUAACUUGGAUAUACCUGACAAUGCUACACACUGCCAGCCGCAAGCGUUUCCAAAUGGCUAAGGCAGUUUUAGUAACUUUAACGUUUUCCUAAAUAAUGAGAUAAGUAAACUGAACUUGCUCAGCUCAAGGCAAGCUCGGAAUAAAAUCCCUUGUAAAAUGUGAUCGAUGAGGUUUAAAUAUGCCAGUUAAGUUUUUGUAGCAUCACAUAGUUAACGAAUCUAUAUAACUUAGGUGACCGAUUUUUGUUGGCUCUUAAGAUAUACCCAUCGACAGCGAGUGUUGUCUGAGGUGCAGGAGCAGCAGCAGCAGCAGCAGCAGCAGAGGGUUGUGAGUUAACGCUGAAGAUCAGCAGCCUAGCGAAGCAAUGAUCUCGACUGACGUGGCAGCGUUACUAAUGUUAGCACUGACAACUGCGGCGGCACCAGUGAACGUCAUCCAUGGGGACUUGUGUCGCCAGAUGGAUGGACGCAAGUUCUACCUGGAGGCUGGCACGAAGGCCUUUGUCGGCGCCUCCAACGUGAGCCUCCCUGCCUUUCCCAGGAUCGCCACCAGGACGCUAUCCAGCAGUCAUCCCACCUACCACCGCCCCGUCCGAAGUCACAGCAGGAGGGAGGGCCCGCAGCAGGUGGGUGCUCGUAAGCCUCGCUACAGUCACAACAUUACCUCUCUGCUCAUCUCUGCUCUCACCAACCACCUACUUCCUCACUCACACGAGAAGAGCUUCCACACACUGGAGGAACCACCACACACGCGCCAGCCUCCUCCUCCCACUACUGCAGCGCCUCCACCUGUCACACCAUCCUCAGUGAAGGUGACUCCUGUACACCCGCUACAGCUGCUGGACCACCAGGAUGAUGACAAAGAAACCAGUACGGAUGAGACCACUUCACUGAACCAGGAACCACAAACUGGUCAAACUACUUCACAGAACCAGGAACUAGAGACUGGUCAGGCCACUUCACUGAGCCAGGAACCCGAAGCGGAAAUAAUCACCUCUCUGAGUCAAGCCUUCCGGUGCGGGGCAGAGUUUUUUACCUGCCCGGACUGCCACCUGGAGUUCACCUUUCAGAAGGUGAACCUUCCCUCGUGCUCACACGAUGACUCUUGCAGAUGUGAUUACCUGAGGGUGCGAGAGCCGCCCUACGUCGGAGGUGCAGGUGGACUUGACGUGUGUUCCACGGGAGAUCACACCCCUAAGACCUUCGCCACGCAGACGAGGGAAGUCAUCCUCGAUUUCCUCUACACUAGGAGUUACCAAGACACCUUCGUCGUCUCCAUCACUGCCAAGCGCAACAAGUACCAGAUCAGAGGCAAGCUGAACGUGACGCAAGGAUACAUAAAGACGCCCUUUUUCCCAGAGCUGUAUCCAAAGGAGCACUGGAUGGAAUAUCAACUGAAGGCAGAAGAACCCAAUGCCAGGAUCAAAGUCAACUUUCAGGACUUUCAACUCUCACCAUGGAGCUUCGUCGAGAUACAAGACACGAACAGGUCCCGCGUGGCUGUCUUCAAUGGUAACGUGUUCAGGCCGCCCAUCUUAGUGUCAUCUGGGCCGACCAUAACUGUCAGGUUCAGUGGGAACGGCGAGACAGCUCGGGGUUUCAACCUACUUUACACUUUCGUCGAUGCAGAGAGCGUGGCGGCUGAACCAGCCAUAACAGACUGUGGAGGCUUCGUCACCAACUUCGGUGGUACAAUCACCAUGAUGAACAUGGCUAAGGACGACACCAACUAUACCAUAUACGACUGUGUGUGGAUCGUCCAGCCUCCCCAGAACUAUGCCUUCAAGUCUCACCUCUCCAUCAAGGUCGUCCAGUUUGAUGACAUGGUGUCGGGGACGCGGCUGGAGGUGCGUCGGGGGGUGACGAGCGAAGACUACCUGCUGGAGGAGCUGCAGGGGGAGAAGGGAGCCACCAGCGGACAAGAAUAUCUAGCUGCUGUUGAUACUGGCUUCUAUGUAAGACUGAAGGGAGCGUUUACCAAGGACUCCAAACUGGCCAUCGUCUACACCUCCUUCAGCUACUUGGGUAGUUGCUACACUCUGACAGACCUCAUGUGUCACAACCACCGCUGUAUACCCAAGAUGCUGCGCUGCGACGGCUUUGACCACUGCGGCGACAGCAGUGAUGAACCUCCCACCUGCUACAUAGGUCCAGGAAACAAGAACCUCACCCCGGAAGACGCCGCCUGGUGGUACCAACACACACCUAACUACUACUUUCCCCAGAAGACCAACCUCCUGCUGGGGGGACCUCACGGCUGGUCCAGUCUCCUCGUCCUCGUCGCAUUGAUCGCACUGGUGAUGACGGCAUUUGGUCUUAUAUCGUACAUGUUCAAGAGUGGUCUGCACGACCACAGGACGCUACAGAGGGAGCGGCGCGCCCUGGUCACCCACAGAGAUGGUUCUCCUAGAUCACCUUCUGACGGAGUGGAGGAGAUCGAUGCCUCGGCCGACGACCCUCCUCUCUAUGAACCUCCGCCUGACUAUGAAGAAGUAAUCAAGGUCAUCCUCUCUGGUAACAACCUUAAGCUUGUGCGUCGUCCCGGGGGAAUAACAGCUUGGGUACCUGACAAGUUGGCUACUGAAGGUGGAACACAGGAAGGUCAGCAGCCACUGAGAACCCGUCAUGCUUCUCUCGACCUGGAGCAAGGAAUGGAGGUGGUGUUAUGGAACCCCAACACCCUCAAUACUGAACAUGGUUGGAGUGAGACAGAAGGUAGAGAGGAGCCUCGGGCCACAGUGACUACACAAGCCUCUCUUGGUCACGUCCGUCGUUCCUCCCUGCCUGUCACGCCGCUGCCGGAGAUGCUGGAGGCUGAGGUGCAGGGUCAUAGUGUCAGUCUGGCUCCAGAAACCAUCAAGGAGGCUCCUGAUGGAAUAGAUUCUCCCCGCCCACCGCCUUCCCGACCUCUUGACAUCACAUCCCCACAGCUCUCAGAGAAGUCUUUCAACGACACCUCGGUGGUAUCGACGCCUGGCCCUAGCACUCCACAGAGCCUGAGGGUGACUUUGCAUACCAGGAAGAGCAAAAGACUUGUGAGGAAGGGUGGCAAGAAGAAGAAAUCAACGAUUUCACGUAAAAAUGAGCUUCAGGACAAAAAGGAAGACGACUCAGCGCCUCCUUCCUACGAGAUGGCAAUGCAGCAGGUUAACCAGGGGGAGGCACUCUCCUCCCGGCCAGCUGACCUGCCAUCCACCACCGAUGCUGCCAGUCAAGUCAACGAAAGCACCCAAACAAAUAUUAAUUCGGAACUGAUGCAGGAUUUGUCGCCAAUGGAACGGCUGAGAGCUGCGAAGGAAAUGUUCCAGCGGAUAUCUAGAGCUGAGGAAUUAGACAAGAUCUCCGUGGCAAACAAGCCAGCAGUGAGACGCCCGGCUGCACCUGCAAGCAAAACCAAACAUAACAGAACACUGCUUGCUGGUAGCAGUAUUACUCGAGGAACUGUCAAGGCUAGGAAAGCCAUGUUACUGAAGGCUCAGAAACUUCGACCUGACUGUGACUGUAAUGGAGCGUGUUCCUGUGCUCACUUCAAACAAGAAAAUUCCAAAGAUGAGAACUUUAUCCCUGGAGGAGUUAAGUCUAAGGUUCAUUAUUUUUUAACCAUUGAAAAGAGUACGAAGAAGAGAGAAACAAACAUCUCUGUUGGAAAAACUAGUGUUGACUCCAAACUAGAAAGCGAUAAUACACUUCAAAAAUAUUCGUCAGAACGUAAUUCUAGCCUCAAAAAGAGGCAACUGAUUAGAAACCAAUCGGCUCCCUCUCUUGGCCACAUUCGUCAGACAGACUUAGAUAUUUACUUCUCUCAGAAUGAAACCAUUGCCUCUUCAUCAGUGAAGGAAUUGGAGCAGCCGCUCAUCACUCCAGUGAACGGCUCUCUACGACCUACAAUUAGUGCCGCUAAUUGCCUUAUGGAUGGCGAAGACUCGUCGGAAGAGAAAGUUAUUCCAAGCAUCAGAAAGCGUGUUCAGUUGUACAAUGAACUGUCCAGAACGCCAUCUUGUUCGUCAUCAAUAUCACGGCAGUGUUCUCCAUCACCGUCUCGUUCUCACAUAAAUGUCUUAAGGGAAAACUUAGUUAAGAGGCACGAUUCAGAAGAAUCACUUGAAGACGUGCCAAGCUUAAUGUGCAUAAGGAGCAUAAACAACUCCGCCUGUGAGGCUGUCCAACCAGGAUUCGUGAAAGAGGCUACGGUCAAAUUCGUAACUGCUUUUAACCAAGAAAUUCGUUCCAGACUACAACUAAAAGACUCCGAAGACUGGAACGAGGGCUCUGACUCUCCUCCCCCUAUCAACAUUCCUUACCUCAACCUUAAAAACGAGGAGGCGAACACUCCAGAUAUUGGUGAUAUAGAAACAUUAUCAUUACCACCGCUAAAACAGGAAGAAGCAGAGUCAUUAGAGUUGUGGGCUUCAAGCUCUCAGGGUAAACCAGACUUACAAGAUGAGACAGAGAAUGCAAGUGAGGGUGAACUUCCUUCACAAGUUUCAGGGGCUGUCCCAAAAAGGACAGCUGUGAUCGCUGUAAAUAAUUCGAAAGAUUCUGGGUUAAUGAAUAGUCGAGGCCAAAUAAUUGUCAUUAAGAAGGAGAAUCGAGCAAAACAGAGAAGUAUUCAAGAGAAAAAACAUUUCAAAAAGCUAGACCUGACAAACGUAUGCAUGUCAUCAGAUGACGAAGAGGAAAUGAACGAAGAUCCUGGACAGUGCUGGAGAGAAAAUAAGAGCGAUGACCAGAUUAAAAGGCUUUUCUCAGAAGAGGAUUUAGUUGUGAUUAACUUAAACUCUUCCACUACUUCCCCCAUAUAUUCAGAGGACGACUCUCAACCGCCAUCCCUCCAGCAGAGUGGAAAUUGGCAACCAGGGGAUCAACAGGUGUCAGGUGAACACAACUUAAGCGAAACGCUGAAUGAAACGAUUAAUUCUGACAGCUGUGCCGGCAAAGAAAAUAGUGGAGAAGGAAAGCCCUGUCAGAGACACUCCAUUGAUUUACUGGCCGUCGCAGAAUGCACCAUGGUAACGGAAAGCACAUUACUUCCAGAACUCAAACCUCAAAGGAAAAUCCCGAUUCCAUCUCCCCGAGGAUCGAAAAUUGCUUCUAUUACCUCUACAACAACAGGCAACGAACCAUCUGUCCGUCAUCGAACAUCAGAAAGUCACUUGGUUUUUCCGUCUGCUACAGAACCUGCUGAGGAAAUAACACCACCUUUCCAAUCACCUUCCCUGGCUCCUACUGUGCCCUCCAUUGUAUCCUCUCUUCCUGAGCACACGGUUGAUUCUUCAAUGUACACUUCCACACAUAGUCCUCUUCCCACGAUGCUUAGCCCCCAGCUGAUUCGCAGUGGCAUCAUUAAAAUACAGACGGGACCCACUAACCUCACUUGGAACUACAUAUAACAAAAAAGUUAUUAACCAAAUCAUUAUCCACCAUGACGUCAACCAAACCACUAUAAAGUACUAUGACGUCAACCGUGACACUGUAGACCAAACUACUAUCCACAAUGACAUUGCACAUUAUCUACCAUGACAUUACAGAACAACCCCCUAUCCAUCAUGAUGUUGACUAAAUCCUUAUAUGACACCGUAAAUCAAACUGUUAUCCACAAUGACAUUGUAGCCUAAACCAUUAUUUACCCUGACACUGUAGACCAAAACACUAUAUGCCAUGACACUGAAGAUGUGUGUGUAUAUUCACCUGUUCACGCUCCCCUCUUUCUCAGCUCCUGACCCUGCCUGUUACACCAGCCGCUACUGGGUUCAUUCUCUUCUGGCUUCUUGAGCCCCAUACCCCUCAAGGAAGGUUCAUUGACGUUGGUGGGGGGCUCUUGAUCUAGGGAAUUGUAUCUGUGCUCCAGUUCCUUGAAUUAAGCCUGAAUACCUUCCACAUCCCCUCACAGGCGCUGCAUAAUCCUACUAGUUUAGCGCUCCCCCUUGAUUAUAAUAAUAGAGCCCCAUUAUAUAUUUUCUUAAAGGUGUGUAUAGUUUCUGCCUAACCACUUAGUUGUCCAAAACAUUCCAGUUCCUAACCACUUUGAGACAAGAAAGGCUUCCUGACAUCUUUGUCACUUUUUUUUUUUUUAAGUCUGUGCCGUUGUGCACCUGUUUCCUGCCUCUCGAGCAGCUAAUUCUUGUCCACUAUCAAUUCCUCUGAGUAUUUUGUAUGUCGUUAUCAUGUUUCCUCCUGGUCAUCGUCCUCUGAUCUCGUCAGGUUUAAUUCCUUCAGUCUUUCCUAGUAACUGAUACCUCUUAGCUCUAAGAAUAGCCUCGUUGCGAAUCUUUGUAGUUUUUCCAGUUUCUUAACAAGCGUAUCAGGUGAGGGGAGUCCAUGAUUCUGUAUACUUCUAGUCUGGUAUAUGCCAUAUAUAGUACGAAUUAUUCUUUAAUGAGAUUCCUAAUAGAUGAUCUUAGAUUUGCCAAACGCGUUAUAUAUGCUGCAUUAUUAUAAUAAUGGAGCGCUAAACCCGUAGGGAUUAUACAGCUCCUGUGGGGGAGGGAGGGAUGGAAAGUAUUCAGGCUCAAUUCAGGGAACUGGAGCAGAGAUCCAAUUCCCUAGAUUAAGAGCCCCUCACCAGCGUCAAGGAACCUCCCUUGAGGGGUACAUAUGUUGCAGAGGUUAUUUAUUGAUUUAAGGUGCGCUGUAGGCGAUAUACUUUGUGUUAUGCACAUUCCAAAGUUCUCCGUGAAUAAGUUUUGUCCCCUGAACAUGUACUUUGUUUCUGGUCUUUGUUUGCCCAUCCACAAUUUUCAUAAUUUUGUACGUACUUGUUUUGGUUGAAUUCCAGUCCUGCACCUUGUCCCAGUAGGUGUGCUCUUGUGAGGAGGGGGGGGUAGGGGGGGGGGAGUACGAACGAACCCACAAGAAGAAAGUAUAAAUAUUAUAAUUCUCUACUUUAUCUUCACCUAAGACCCUCUUUAGCAGGUCUCAACUGAGGAUAGCAAUAAUGAUAAUCUUCUCAUCUGUCUUACUUCUGAGUGUCAUUUGUACCAAUGACCAAUGUUUCUUGCACAUUUGUAGUGGAAUGUAUACAUUAUUAACAUCUGUAUUUUUUCUAGCUGUCUUGAUUCACGUAUACCAAUCUAUAUUUGUUAGUGGUUUCGUGACAAGAUGAAUAUUUGGAAAGAUAAUUCCAAAAAGUAAUUAUGAUAUGCUUGUAAUGAAUACAUGAAUAAAAAUUUAUGCCAUGAAUUCGUGAGAGUAUUGCCUAUAUAUUUUGUCUACAGUUUGUUAAAUCUUGCUUUAUUAACAUAAAAAGUUACUUGCCCUUGUAAUGAGCUCUUAAUUAAAACAUUUAUACGAUGAA